ACAGUCUUUCUUUAACCUUCCUCUUUAAGCGUAGAGGAAAAGCUUCAGUCUCUGACCAUGGCGGAUGGAAGCAGCGGGGAAAUUCUAAUGCUGGAAGCCCCAGCGUCUUACGGUAGGUCUAGCGAUUCCGACGCGGAAAUAAUCGACGCAUUGCCUUAUAUCGACGACGACUACGCAGACCCCAGAGUCAAACUGGAGGUUGACCGUCUCGUGGAGGAUGAGAUGCGUCGCAGCACCAAGAAGCCCACCGAUUUCCUCAAUGAUUUCCCUCCUCUUCCCAACUCCAUUUUCCAGAACUACCCAAUGAUUGCCAGAGAGUACGAACGUGUGAGAGCUGGAAGGCCUCCCGUUGCUCUUGAUAGAUCGCGCUACGAUUUGGAAAUGCCGCCGCCCAAUAAAAGGAACGACGAAACUGCUUGGAAGCAAGCUCUUCAUAGAGCUCAACGCCUGCUGCAAUAUCAGAUCAUCAGGAUGGAAAAUUUGGACUUGAUGUUAAAAUAUGGUCCCGAUACCUGGAAACAGCACAACCAGAGAUUGGAAGUAUACUUGUCAAGAAUGCAGAAAUUAGCUCAGGAACAAAAUGAAAAGAUUGAAAAAGUAAACCGUGAAAGGAAAUAUCAUCAGCAAAACACUGCAUAUGAGCUUAAUGCGUUGUCCAUGCAAUGGAAGGAGCUUUGUCAGAAGAAUAUAGACAUCAGUGCUGCCUGUGCUUCAGUUGAAAAUCGCAUAAAUGAACUGAAAAGAGAAGCAGCAGAAAGAGGCUGGAACUUGGGAGCUGUAACAGAAAAUGACCAAUUGGCAAAUUCCGAAGUAUGAGAUUCGUAUGUUCUCAUCUAGUUUUGUAUCUGUAAUGAAUUUGUUCUGCUUAAAACUAGAUUUGCUAUUGUACCUGAGAUGUUUAGUACAAUAUCAUGAAAAAGUUAUCCAUUUGCUCACCCUCGGAACAAAUAUGAUGUUUUUUUAUAGAGAAAACCGGUUCAAAAAAGAGGGGAGGGGCUGCAUCUAGUUAUUCAAUCCUUAUUGAAAUUAGUACUUUCCCAUCUUCCCCCCUUAAUGCAUUAGCAGAUCAAGAUACCUGUUUGUUUCGGUGAUAUACGAACUUGAUUCCAUCGGCAAUUCAACAUGGGAUGGUUCUGUAGGUGAAGCAAGUCCACACUGCGUUAGGUUAGAAUUCAUUUUCGAGGCAUUGUAAACGAAAUUUCAAAAAGUGAAAAAACUUUUUGUGUAGUUGCUGCAUUUUA